AUGGCUCUUUUUCUUCUUUUUGCAUCACUAUUGACGACGGCAGCGCUGUACGAACUGUCGCGUAUCUUCUACAAUGUAUUUUUACAUCCGUUGCGCAAGUUUCCUGGGCCAUGGCUUGCGGGAGCUACGUCGAGUUGGAAAGCAUACAAAGAGGUGAUUAAGAAGGAGACGCUGGCACAAGAGCUCUUUACACUUCAUGAGAAAUAUGGCGACAUUGUCCGGAUUGCACCCAACGAGCUUCACUUUGGAACUCCCUCCGCGUUUCACGAUAUCUACAAUAGCAGCAAGAGAUGGGAUAAAGACCCCGGUCUCUACAGAACUCCAGGAGUCUCUUCCGGGUCAUUUGUGUUUCUGAAAUACGCCCAAGCAAAGGAACGAAGAGAAGUGCUUCUUCCCAUCUUUUCCAAAAAGGCAAUCAAAGGUCUAGAGCACCUUGUCUGGCGCAAUGCAACCCGUCUUGCGUCCUCCAUCAAUAAUGUCACAGCGACGAAAAACUCGGUCGAUCUUCUUUACGCCUUCCGUUCAUUUACACUCGAUACGAUCAUGUGUUUCACCUUUGGAGGCUGCGUCAAUGCCAUUGAUGCGCCCGCCUUUAGUGAUCCAAUCAUUCUCGCCAUGGACGCCAGUUUGCGAAUGCUUCCCUUCUUGAAGAAUUUCCCCAUGAUCAGGGACCUGAUCUUUGCCAUUCCUCCCUCUCUCGUCAUGCGCUUUGUACCCAAUGCCAAAGAUUUGGCCCCUCGACUCUACCAAGUCCGCGACCUCAUCCAACAACAGUUGAAAGGGGUCCUGAACUGCCCGUCCAAGUUGAACGAGGUGCCUCAUCAAACCCUCUUCCACCGGAUGCUUGACCCGCAAGCAUACCGCAGAAAAGAACUGCCGGACUUGACGGCCCUGCAUGACGAAGGCUUCACGUUGAUUUUUGCCGGCGCCAACACGGUGGCUGACACGCUACUCAUGGGCCACUGGCAUACUAUGCAGAAUCGCGCCCUGCUAGAAAACCUGCGCAAAGAACUUCUCACCGUGUGGCCGACUCUCGAGCAACAACCUUCUCUGAGCGAUCUCGAGACCUUGCCGCUGCUCACGGCAACCAUCAAGGAGUCGCUGCGCUUCAUCCCCUCGGGUGUGUCCUUGACGCGUGUUGUACCUCCCGGUGGUGCGGUGAUCGCCGGUCAGCAAAUCCCCGGCGGGACUACUGUUGGAAUGGCGAUCUUGCACGUUCAUCAAUCCGCAGAAGUCUGGGGGGAAGAUGUCCUUGAAUUCCGUCCGCAGAGAUGGUUGGAGAGUGCAGAUGACCAAAUGGCGGAGAAUGAGGCUGUGGAUUCGAAAGAUUCUCUAAGAGGGGACCUCGAUCACUGGCUUGUACCUUUCAGCCGGGGGCCGCGGAUGUGCUUUGGUAUGAAUCUUGCAUGGGCGGAAAUGUACAUCGCUUUUGCGACCAUGAUUCGCAAUUUUGACAUGACUAUUGACGGGACGACGGCGGAGGAUAUGGAAUGGCGCGAAUGUAUCGCGGCUUAUUAUCCGAAGAGACAUCUGCAUGCGUGGUGUAAUCCGGCAAAAGCUUAG